GGUUAAUAAUACACAUCAUUUUUUGAAUUUUUAGAUUAUUUUGUAUAAUUUAUAGUCCAAUUAUAUUAUAUUUCCUCUCAAAGAAAAAUGUGGGAUGAUAUAGUUGCAGCAUAUCGUACAGCAGUAGACGAGAGAGCAGAUCCACGAACAAGUGAAUGGCCUCUCGUCUACAGUCCAUGGUGGCCUAUCGGGAUUGGAAUUGUUUACAAUUUAUUUUGUUGGAAUGCAAGAAAAAUCACAUCAAAUCUUCCAGCAUAUGGAAUGAGAAAAAUUAUAGUUUUUUAUAAUUUUGUGAUGGUGCUCCUUUCAUUAUACAUGACUUAUGAGUUUUUCGUCACAGCAUAUCUUUCAAGUUACAACCUAGCAUGCCAGCCUGUCGAUUACUCCAAUCAUCCGCUAGCUAUACGGAUGGCAAAAGUAUGUUGGUGGUAUUACUUUUCAAAAUACAUUGAAUUGAUGGAAACAGUAUUUUUUGCACUGAGAAAAAAAUAUAAUCAAAUAUCUGUGCUUCACGUUUAUCAUCAUACAUCAAUGCUGUGUAUAUGGUGGAUGGGAAUCAAAUACGUUGCUGGAGGACAAUCAUUUCUCUUCGGAUUGAUCAAUUCAUUUGUUCACGCCAUAAUGUACACUUACUACGGAUUGAGUGCAAUUGGACCUCACAUGCAAAAAUAUCUUUGGUGGAAGAAAUACAUCACAGUGAUACAACUUAGUCAAUUUUUCAUUCUCGCCUGGCAUUCGACUAACAAUCUGAAAGUCAAUUGUGAAUUCCCAACCUGGCUGAAUAAGGUGUUGUUUGUGUAUGCUAUUACACUUGGAGUCUUCUUUUUAAAUUUCUAUUUCCAAACUUACUGGCUCAAAAAGAAAAGUUCGGGUGCCCAAACCGCGGGAAAAAAUGGCAAAGAAGUAAUCAGCAACGGAAAAAUGAAGAAUGGAGACACCACUAGUCAGAAUGGACAUUAUAAAAUACACGACUUACAGGCGCGAAAGAGAAACUAAAAACAAAUUUAGAUAAUUUUUGAGACAAUGAAAAAAUUAUAUUAUUAGAUCAUACAUAGACAAGAAACUUCAUUUACAGUUAUGGCCAUAUUUAAUUCUUAUCGUCACUUUUAAGAUUUAGCAUGAACUAUUUCCACAUUCUUUGCAAUAAGUUCAAUCCCUUUUUGGUUAAAACUAAAAGUAUCUGCUAUUGUAAUAAAACAAAAUAGUUUUUUUUAGAAUACGAUCAAUUCAAGUCAAAAUUCAUAUCCAAUUUUUCAACAAGUUUUCUAAUAUUUUCAACAAUUUCCGAAAAAUUGUAUCAUUUUUCAAUUGUGUGCUUGUUAUCUAUCGUCUGUAUUUCAUAAUAAGAAAUAAUUAAAUCAUUCACAUUCAAUUGUGUUUUCAUAAUUUAUAUCUUCAAGACAAUUUUGGUUCUGACUUGAAUAUUCCGGUUCGAGCCGGUUUUGCUACUUUUAUAAUGAGUUAGUCCACUUGCAACUAAAAUAUGUCGAAAUUUUGUGAAGUAAUUUCAGUUUUUCAAUUUUUUCUCACAGUUUAGUCAAGCUCUGUUAAUUGAAUAAAGAAUGAAUCUUUCAGUUUUGUCAUAGAAAAUUGUUUUAUAUUGAUUUUAAUUUGUGAGAUGUAAUCGUUUUCUUUGUAAUUUUGGUACGGAAUAUAACUCAGGAUGAUUUUUAAGAAUA